AUGUUGUGGACGCGCGCUGCUGCUGUUCCUCUGCUGGAGAGAGGAGCGGGUCCCGGAGCUGAGCGCUGAGCUGCGGAGCUAAAGCCCAGGAACAGAGAGCACCCCGCCGGCCCUGAGAGAGAGAAUACAGCGGGAGAGAAGGAGAGGGGGAGCUGGUGAAAGGAUAUAUUAAUCUGUAUGAACUCUAAAGGCCAGCAGAAACAUGGUGCUUCUCAAAAUCCGAGAGCAGCCUUCGUUGUUGAAAGCUAUAUUUAAUGUGGAUCCAGACGAAGUUCGCUCUCUCAUAUUCAAGAAAGAAGAUGUCAACGUGCAGGACAAUGAGAAGAGGACGCCUCUACAUGCUGCAGCUUACUUGGGCGAUGCUGAGAUCAUUGAGCUUCUCAUUCUGUCAGGCGCGAGAGUAAAUGCCAAAGAUAAUAAGUGGCUGACCCCUCUUCACCGCGCCGUCGCCUCCUGCAGCGAGGAUGCGGUUCAGGCACUGCUGAAGCACUCCGCUGACGUCAAUGCCCGCGACAAGAACUGGCAGACGCCGCUGCACGUGGCCGCCGCCAACAAAGCCGUGCGCUGCGCCGAGGCCCUCGUCCCCCAGCUCAGCAACGUGAACGUGUCGGACCGCGCUGGACGCACCGCCCUGCACCACGCUGCCUUCAGCGGCCACCUCGAGAUGGUGAAGCUUCUGCUCUCCAGAGGAGCCAAUAUUAAUGCGUUUGAUAAGAAGGACAGACGGGCCAUCCACUGGGCUGCAUACAUGGGUCAUAUGGAGGUGGUGCGAUUGCUGGUGUCUCAUGGCACGGAGGUGGCGUGUAAGGAUAAGAAAGCCUACACACCGCUCCACGCUGCAGCCUCCAGUGGCAUGAUCAGUGUGGUCAAAUACCUGCUGGAUCUCGGGGUGGAUAUCAAUGAGCCGAAUGCGUAUGGAAACACCCCUCUGCACGUGGCUUGUUAUAACGGUCAGGAUGUGGUCGUGAACGAGCUGAUAGAGGCCGGUGCUAAUGUGAAUCAAGUGAAUGAGAAGGGCUUCGCUCCACUGCACUUUACCGCUGCCUCCCGCCAGGGGGCGCUGUGCCUGGAACUUCUAGUGGGUAACGGAGCUGACGUAAACAUUAAAAGUAAAGAUGGGAAGACUCCGCUCCACAUGGCUGCCAUCCACGGCAGGUUCUCCAGAUCUCAGGCUGUCAUUCAGAGCGGAGCUGAGAUAGACUGUGAAGAUAAGAACGGGAACUCUCCACUGCACAUAGCUGCCCGAUACGGCCAUGAGCUCCUCAUCAACACACUCAUCACCAACGGGGCCAACACCGCCAAACGAGGCAUCCACGGCAUGUUUCCCCUUCACCUGGCUGCACUCAGUGGCUUCUCCGACUGCUGCCGAAAACUUCUGUCAUCUGGUUUUGACGUUGACACGCCUGAUGACUUUGGCAGGACGUGUUUACAUGCAGCAGCAGCAGGAGGGAACCUGGACUGUUUAAAUCUGCUGCUCAAUUGCGGCGCAGACUUCAACAAGAAAGACAGAUUUGGAAGGACGCCACUUCAUUACGCAGCCGCUAACUGUAAUUACCAGUGCCUGUUUGCACUGGUGGGCUCAGGGGCCAGUGUGAACGACAUGGACGUGAGGGGCUGCACUCCUUUGCACUACGCUGCUGCUUCGGACACUGAUGCCAAGUGCUUGGAGUAUUUGUUACGUAACGACGCUAACCCAGGUAUCCGAGACAAACAGGGCUAUAAUGCAGUACACUACGCCUCAGCCUACGGUCACCGCCUCUGCCUCGAACUGAUCACCAGUGAAACCCCGCUGGAUGUGCUCAUGGAGACAUCUGGGACGGAUAUCCUGAAUGACACAGAUGGACAGACUCCAAUCAGUCCUUUGCACUUAGCAGCAUAUCACGGGCACCACCCUGCGCUGGAGGUUCUGGUUCAGUCUCUGUUGGACUUGGAUGUGCGAACAGUACAGGGACACACGCCGCUGGACCUCGCUGCCUUCAAGGGCCAUGUAGAAUGUGUGGAUGUUCUGAUUACCCAGGGGGCCUCCAUCCUGCUCAAAGACUAUUCCCAGAAGAGGACACCUAUCCAUGCUGCAGCCAUGAACGGCCAUUUAGAAUGCCUCCGCCUGCUGAUUGGGAACGCCGAUCCCCACGCAGCCGUGGACGUUCAGGACGGGAGCGGACAGACUCCUCUUAUGCUGGCCGUGUUGAACGGGCACACAGACUGCGUCUACUUUCUGCUGAGUAAAGGAGCCAGCGUGGAGGCCAAGGACAAGUGGGGCAGGACGGCCCUGCACCGAGGGGCUGUGACGGGGCACGAGGCGUGUGUGGAGGCGUUGUUACAGCACAGUGCCAGUCUGCCUGUGCGUGACAGUAGGGGGCGCACUGCCAUGCACUUGGCAGCAGCCUGUGGCCACAUUGGCGUGCUGGGGGCCCUGCUGCAGGCGGCACAGUCCCUGAACACUGUGCCCGUCAUCAUGGACAACUGUGGCUACACUCCACUCCACUGGGCCUGCUACAAUGGUCACGAUACGUGUGUUGAGGCGCUGUUAGAGCAGGAAGUCUUCCACAAGAUGGAGGGUAACUCGUUCAGUCCGCUUCACUGUGCCGUGAUCAGUGAUAACGAGGGAGCAGCGGAGCUGUUGAUCGACACGCUGGGUCCUGCAAUUGUUAAUGCUACGGAUUCCAAGUCGAGAACGCCUCUGCAUGCAGCAGCCUACACAGACCACGUGGAGUGCCUGCAGCUACUGCUGGGGCACAACGCCCAGGUAAACGCCAUAGAUGCGCUCGGCAAAACACCCUUGAUGAUGGCAGCUGAGAACGGCCAGACUAAUGCUGUCGAAGUGCUCGUGAGUAGAGCGAAGGCGGACCUCACGCUACAGGAUGCAAAUAAGAACUCGGCCCUACAUUUAGCCUGCAGCAAGGGGCAUGAAACCAGUGCCUUGUUGAUUCUGGAGAAGGUCUCGGACAGGAACCUAAUCAACGCCACAAACGCAGCCCUGCAGACGCCGCUGCAUGUUGCUGCCCGCAACGGUCUCACAGUGGUGGUGCAGGAGCUUCUGGGGAAGGGAGCUAGUGUCCUCGCUGUGGACGAGAAUGGUUACACCCCGGCCUUAGCCUGCGCCCCGAACAAAGAUGUGGCCGACUGUCUGGCACUGAUCCUGGCCACCAUGAUGCCCGUGUCCCCUGGCAGUGCCGGUGCCUUGCCAGGCCUCACCUUCAGCGCCAUUAACCACUACUGCAGCCCAUCGAAAGCCGUGACCUUCGACCCUUUACCGGCACUGCGCUCUGAGCACGGCUCUUACUGCAGCUUCAAUAACCUGGGCCGGGAGGACGGCCUGAUCGUCCCCGACGAUGAACUUAAUGACUCUGACUCGGAGACCUACUGAAGACUCUGAAGUCUCUCUGACUCUGCUUCUCUCUGUGAAAUAAGAGCGCAGAUCUACGCAGAAAUCUGUAGUUUAAUGUGUGAUUCUUUUACCUUUUACUCUACUAAAGGAUGACAUUCAUUUAAUCCCAGAUUCAGCGAUCCGCGCGGCCGCUAAUUCCCUACUGUUGUGUUUUGUACAGCUACAGAGUGCCUGGAGAGUACUGGGUAGUACGCUAUAGUGCUGAAUCACACAUUGAAAUGGAUGGAUUUAGUGUGGAAUGUGAAUUCUAAGCUAUUGCUGAAGUCGGGGAUAAUGGCGCCACUACCACAUUUCUUUUUUCUUUUAUUAAAAGAAAUAAAUGGGGUUGGCUGCCUUUCCUCUUAGGCCUGUACAGCCGAUGUCUCAGGAGCCUUUAGAGACUGAUGAUUCUGAAGAAUAGGACAGGAACACGGUUGACCUAUCUAUUACUACACUACAGUCUGCAGUCUUUGGCUUCUGUUUCCACAGUUAUGAUGCAUUUUUAACCUCCACUUUGGAGUUAAAUGUUCUUUCAGUAAGCUCUUUUAAAAUCUGGACACAUUUUACCUGUGUUCCCCCUCGUUGUUGGAAGAAAGAAGAGGAACGGUUCGGUUCGGGCCUCGGCGGGGCGGUGGCCAAAACUACAAACAUGCAUUGAUGACUACUGUGGGACUACGGUUCCCAGAACCUUCGUCUGUGGAACCCAGCCAAUGGGACCAACUUGUCCCCCCUCCCAACCACUUUUUUUUUUUUUAAAAGCAUGACUUCAUUUAGGACUAUUUUUCCCUUCCUUUCUUGUGUUUUUAUGGCUAAUAAUUUAUUGCAAACCAGAUCAACCAAGACUAGGACUGCUGUGAAUGUUAAGUGCUGUCAGGUUCAACGUUCCAGUCCCUGUUGCUGCAGAAGUGAAUGAUUUAACUGAAGACGUUUUUUUGGGACAGUGAAGUUUUCUUAUAAAAAAGGCCUUGUGACACAUUUCUUACCUACAAGUCUGAGACCAGCUAUCAAGGUGCCGACAGGGUUUCUACUUGUUCAACUCUGGUCUUUGGUGAAUCACAGCAUUUGUUAUACUUUGACUCGGAAACAGAGGAAAGAAGCGUGUGUACUUUUUGUGUGUGUGUGUCUGUGAGUGUGAAUGCUGUGCGUGUUAAGAAAAAUAUUGCCUUUUAUAUAAGAUUGCUGAGAAACUCGAGGGCAGGACUGUGACCUGGCUACUCGGUGCAUUGUUCAAAUGAUUACUAAUAAAUCAUGAAUAAAACAUCUUUUUUUUUUU